AUGCAGAGGAAAAAGGAACAGGGGAUUAAGGGUGUUGGCAAGGGUGUGGCCUUCUUCAGCCAGGCCGCAGGCGCCAGUCCACGGGCACAGCACGCCAGCUCUCUCCUAGUCCGCAGCACAGCACGCCGUCACAGCAGGCUCGGCGACAUCCAGGUCGGAACCCACGACAUCGCCCGCUCCGAAUCCACGUGGCUGGCGGGCCCUCAGUUCGCGCGGCUUUCUCGUAACACAUCGGAGAAUAUUUUCGGCGGAGACGCUGGGACACCGGCGAGGACGCGUCGAGGCUGCCCCGGGUCUCUCGGCGCCCGCAAGCACAGGGCGCAGACGCGGCUCGGCCGCGGACGCGGGCGGCGACCUGAGCGGGCGGCGCGGCGCUCUCCAGCGGCGGGGCGGCGCAGGCGGGCCGGCUGCGGGCCGCGGCGGCGGGCGGGCGGCGCGGCGCGGACGGUGACGCGGCCUGUCUCGCAGGUCUGGACGCUCGUGGCCGGCGUGCUGCUGGCGCUGGCGCUGGCGCGGGGCCGGGCCGCAGGCGCCCAGCGCGCGAGCGGGCGGCUGCGGGGCUGCGCGGACCGGCCCGAGGAGCUCCUGGAGCAGCUGUACGGGCGGCUGGCGGCCGGCGUGCUGGGCGCCUUCCACCACGCGCUGCAGCUGGGGCCGCGCGAGCAGGCGCGCAACGCGAGCUGCCCGGCAGGGGGCAGGCCCGCCGACCGCCGCUUCCGGCCGCCCGCCAACCUGCGCAGCGUGUCGCCGUGGGCCUACAGGAUCUCCUACGACCCGGCGCGCUACCCGCGCUACCUGCCCGAAGCCUACUGCCUGUGCGCGGGCUGCCUCACCGGGCCCCGCGGCGCCGAGGAGCUGCGCUUCCGCAGCGCGCCGGUCUACGUGCCCGCCGUGGUGCUGCGCCGCACGCCGGCCUGCGCGGGGGGCCGCGCCGUCUACGCCGAGGAGUACGUCAGCGUCGCCGUGGGCUGCACCUGCGUCCGCGCCCGCGCCGCCGAGCCGCGCCGGCCCUGAGGCGCCGGCACGACGGGGCGGCCGUCGAGCCGGGCUCCCGGCGGCGGCGCUUGGCGCAGAGCUGUCGGGGCGGGCGGCGAGGGCGGCCACCCGGGGCUGCAGCCGCUCGGCACCGCGCUCGGGGCUCUGCCGCCCGCCCUGCCCGGCCGGGGGCUGCCCGGGGCCGCCGGCGUGGGGACAGCCCGGAGGGGCGGAGCCUCCGCCAGGUGACUGAUGGAUGCUUUAAACAGCCCAGAGCUUUGAAAGUACAGUAUAUGCCUACUUUUUUACUCAACUGUUUUCAGUAGGGGCAGCACCUUUUUGUAUUAGCAAUUUAAAAGUUGUGCUUGCUGUAUAAACACUCGGUUUCCCCUCCUCCGGUAGGAUGUUGUAGAAGCACGAUCGGAAACGUGUUAGCUUUGUCUUUUUGGGGAGAAGGCUUGGCCGAGCCGACCCCGCGCCCCGCCUGCGUUUUGUGUGCGGGCCGCCCCCACAGCGGCUGCCGGCGGGGCAGGGGCGGCGCCCGCGGGGACCGGAGCAGCCACCGGAGAGCGGGCCGCUCCGCCUCUGCCCGCCCCGUCAGCCCCUCAGAGAAACUUGGUUUUUAAAAAUUUUUCCUCCUUCCCCCCAAAGCCCCCCACUACAUAGCUGCGUAUCCUAGUUGUGGGUCCUUCUGGCUGUGGCAUGUGGGACGCCGCCUCAGCGUGGCCUGACGUCCGGCGCCGUGUCUGUGCCCAGGAUCCGAACCAGCGAAACCCUGGGCCGCUGCAGCGGGGCCGGACUCAACCACUGGGGAGGGUGGGGGGCUAGAUAAGGUCUUUGUCGCUGGCGCUGCGGCCUGGGCCUCUGAACGCAGCCCGUUGCUAAUUCCUGGCGAUGACAAACGGCCCGGGCUGAGUGGGACCUGCCCCCUCCGCCGAGCUCGCCAGAGGCGCCGGGAGUCAAAGGGCGGCGUCGGGCUUCCUGGACGCUCACGCGGGCUGGAUUCAUGAGGAUGUAAAUGGCUGCAGAUUUACACAAUUAAGUUUUUUUUUAUUUCUGAGUGGCAGUGGGCCAAUUUGUGGGUAAGAGGUGGUGCUAUAAGGCAAGGCGAGGCACGCGACCUCUGCCAGUUCCCAGGAAGCAUCCGAGUCUGGCCCAGUGUCCAGAGCUUCAGGAGGGAGCCCAGUGUGAGACGAGGCCAGCUCCCGGCGUGCGGAGAUGAGUGCUCGGGGCCUCUUUUCCUGUUCACAGCAGGGUGAGCUCGGUCUGGCCCUGAACACGGCCGUUUGUGGAAGCGAGAAGUUCCCCCUAACGGAUUAGAACGUGCGGGGAAGGGGCCGGCCCACGCCGCUGCGCGCUGGGCCUUGAUGGCCUGACUGUGACAGGAAGCUAUGUCAACCGAGUUCCCUUUAUCGUGAUUUUACGGUUGAAGUCUAAACUAAGAUUUGAUUUGGUUUUAGAAAGAGCAGCUAGUCGUGCGAAGGCAGUGUCUGUGCUCGUGAGACGCCCGGCGCAGCCAGGAAGCCGCCUUUCUGCACGUCCGUCCGUCCGGCCGGCUCCAGCUGCCGUGAGCCGCGCUGGGACAGACCCGGCCUUGCUGUGCUGGGCGGGGGCUCGCCGAGGCAACUCGAAACUUCUGCCAGAUACUGACAGACGCUGUGCGUGAAGAAACAUCACUGAGCAAAAUCCGGAUUUUCUAAAUAAAUUCAAAAUUGAAAUCAUGGCUGUGCGUCAUUCUGUACAGUUUGGGAGAUUUUGGUUCUCCGUUCAACCUGUGGGGGAAGGAAGGUCAGGAAGGUCUGUGGAAUACCUCCGUCCAGACAACAGAAGGCUCACAGCUACCUUUUGCUGCCUUCACCUCAACAGCAAGUCCAUAAAUUAAAGUUGCCUUUCAAACCAGUGAUUUGGAUCAUGGUUUCAAUCAUCGCCACUGUUGUGUAACAUUUUCCAGUCACUCCUCAAAUAUAAAUAGUGCAAACAUCAGAGGAGAAUAAGAAGAGUAAACUAUUGGCAUGGGGAAAAUACCAUGAUUGAUUGUAUUAUUAGUUUAACCGAACUUUGUUAAAAGGUAGCACGGGGGUGUGUGUGUGUGUGUGCGCGCGCGCGUAGAGGGCCCCGCCCAGCGCCCGGCCCGGGAGGCACCACGACAUA